UUGUCUUUGUUCUCUAUACUCGAUGACAUAGCUACGGCAUAUUUUUGUCAAUGGCUAAAUAAAUUGGUUAGAAAUUAAAUGGUGAUUGUGAUUUUGUUUCUUGAAAACCUCUACGUAUAAAAAUAACGCCGUUUUCACUAGUAUUUAUUACUCCGGGUUUAGUCCUUUAGUUGCUCCUAUGAUUCGUGAAUAAUGGAUAAGAUACCCAGGACUCACGAAGCUAUUGAAGCACAGAUAAGAGAAAUCCAAUCAAAGAAAAAUGAAUUGCCAGAGAAUGGUUCAAAUAAAGGUGUAUCGCUAGGCGAGACAUACUAUGACAGUGAUAUUUAUGAUAAUGCUGGCCAAGGUGGGAAAUCUAGAUAUGAUGGGUAUGUAACCUCUAUUGCUGCUAAUGAUGAAGUGGAAGAUGAUGAUGUGGAGAAUGUCCCAAUCACACAAAAGAGGUCAGGAGGUUACACUGCACCAGCUUCCUUGCUGAAUGAUAUUGCACAGACUGAUAAGGAUUAUGAUCCAUUUGCUGAUAAAAGAAGACCAACCAUUGCUGACAGAGAGGAUGAGUAUCGUCAAAAGAGGCGUAGGAUGAUAAUAUCCCCAGAACGUACAGAUCCAUUUGCAGAAGGUGGAAAAACACCAGAUGUUGGAUCUAGGACCUACACUGAGAUUAUGAGAGAGCAAUAUUUGCGAGCUGAAGAAACUGAGUUGCGAAAAAAGUUGCUGGAAAAGGCAAGGGAAGGCACUCUUAAACCAGUAGCUCAGUCCAAUGGUGAGGCAACCAAACCAGCAUCAAAACGCAAAGGUCGCUGGGAUCAAAGUUCUGAGGACACACCUAUGGCUAAGAAAACUGUUUCGGCUACACCAACCUCUCAAACUACACCAUCCUGGGAUCAAGAGAGGGGAGCUUGGGAAGAAACACCUAGUGCACCUGGUCGAGGUGGAGAAACACCCGGGGCGACGCCUUCUGCGCGCGUGUGGGAUGCCACGCCUGGACAUAUUACACCUGGACAUGCCACUCCUGGUAGAGACACUCCCGCUCAACAUGCCUCCAGGCGUAACCGCUGGGAUGAAACUCCUAAAACGGACAGAGAAACACCCGGACAUAACAGUGGUUGGGCUGAGACGCCCCGCACUGACCGCGGCACUGGUGUGGAUACUAUCCAAGAGACGCCCACGCCGGGCACCAAGCGCCGCUCGCGCUGGGACGAGACGCCGGGUGCCACGCCGGCCGCCGCCACGCCGACUCCCUCGCACGCCACUCCUACUCACGCCACUCCUUCACAUGCGACUCCCUCACACGCCACACCGACUCCUCACACGCCCAUGUUUACACCUGGAGGAUCAACACCAGUGGGGAUGAAGGCUAUGGCGAUGGCUACACCAACUCCAGGACACGUGGCUGCAAUGACACCAGAGCAGUUGCAAGCCUACCGCUGGGAGAAGGAAAUAGAUGAGCGCAACCGUCCUUACACUGAUGAAGAGUUAGAUGCCAUGUUCCCACCUGGGUACAAGGUUUUACCGCCCCCUGCCGGUUAUGUUCCGAUUCGGACCCCAGCCCGAAAGCUGACAGCAACUCCUACUCCACUGGGUGGUACCCCUAUCGGCUUUUUCAUGCAGACGGAGGAACUGGGAGGGUCGGCCGCUGCAGCCGCGCGGCUACUGGACCCGCAGCCUAAAGGCAGCCAGCAACUGCCCUUCAUGAAACCGGAAGAUGCGCAGUACUUUGAUAAACUGCUCAUUGACGUCGACGAGGACACUCUUUCUCCAGAAGAACUAAAAGAGAGGAAAAUUAUGAAACUUCUGUUAAAAAUUAAGAAUGGCACUCCACCUAUGUGCAAAGCUGCGCUUCGCCAAAUAACAGACAAAGCUCGUGAAUUUGGAGCUGGCCCUUUAUUUAACCAGAUUCUUCCACUUCUUAUGAGUCCUACUUUAGAAGACCAAGAGAGACAUUUGCUGGUCAAAGUUAUUGAUAGAAUUCUGUAUAAAUUGGAUGAUUUGGUCCGUCCAUAUGUUCAUAAGAUCCUUGUCGUGAUUGAACCUCUGUUGAUUGACGAAGAUUAUUAUGCGCGUGUCGAAGGUCGAGAAAUUAUCUCUAACCUGGCUAAGGCCGCUGGUUUAGCUACUAUGAUCUCUACUAUGAGACCUGACAUAGACAACAUAGAUGAAUACGUACGUAACACAACUGCCAGGGCCUUUGCUGUAGUAGCCUCUGCUUUAGGUAUUCCAUCACUUCUGCCGUUUUUGAAGGCUGUCUGCCGAUCAAAGAAAUCUUGGCAAGCCAGGCACACUGGUAUAAAGAUUGUCCAGCAAAUUGCUAUUCUUAUGGGUUGCGCCAUUCUGCCACAUCUUAAGUCUUUGGUGGAAAUUAUUGAACAUGGGUUAGUUGAUGAGCAACAGAAAGUGCGUACUAUCACAGCUUUAGCGAGCGCCGCUCUCGCUGAGGCAGCUACGCCAUAUGGUAUUGAAUCAUUCGACUCCGUGCUCAAACCUCUCUGGAAGGGUAUCCGAACUCAUCGUGGGAAGGGUCUGGCGGCUUUCCUAAAGGCCAUCGGUUAUCUCAUCCCACUCAUGGACGCCGAAUACGCUAAUUAUUACACGCGUGAAGUGAUGUUGAUCCUUAUUCGUGAGUUCCAGUCUCCAGAUGAGGAAAUGAAAAAGAUAGUGUUAAAGGUAGUAAAACAAUGUUGUGGUACUGAUGGUGUGGAACCUCAGUAUAUAAUGGACGAGAUUCUACCACAUUUCUUUAAACAUUUCUGGAAUCAUCGUAUGGCGCUCGAUAGACGUAACUACCGCCAACUUGUGGACACCACAGUUGAAAUCGCCAACAAAGUUGGCGCAUCUGAAAUAAUAAAUAGAAUAGUCGAUGACCUAAAGGAUGAUAAUGAGCAAUACAGAAAGAUGGUGAUGGAAUCUAUAGAAAAGAUUCUCGCCAAUUUAGGCGCAGCUGACAUUGAUUCCAAACUGGAGGAGGCUCUUAUUGAUGGUAUAUUGUACGCAUUCCAAGAACAGACUACUGAGGAUGUUGUAAUGUUGAAUGGUUUCGGUACAAUAGUAAACCAACUGGGCAAGCGCGUGAAACCGUACCUGCCACAGAUCUGCGGUAUUAUAUUAUGGCGUAUGAACAAUAAAUCUGCGAAAGUUCGUCAACAAGCUGCUGAUCUAAUUUCACGCAUUGCUGUCGUCAUGAAAACUUGUCAGGAGGAGAAACUAAUGGGACAUCUUGGCGUCGUACUUUAUGAAUACUUGGGUGAAGAGUAUCCGGAAGUACUGGGUUCGAUAUUGGGUGCUCUAAAAGCUAUCGUUAAUGUGAUUGGUAUGACAAAAAUGACACCUCCCAUCAAAGAUCUCCUACCUAGAUUAACACCUAUUCUCAAAAACAGGCACGAAAAAGUACAAGAAAAUUGUAUUGAUUUGGUUGGACGUAUUGCUGAUAGAGGACCGGAAUUCGUCUCUGCGAGGGAAUGGAUGAGGAUAUGCUUUGAACUGCUAGAGCUGCUUAAGGCUCACAAAAAAGCUAUCAGACGAGCAACUGUAAAUACUUUUGGUUAUAUUGCCAAAGCAAUUGGUCCUCAUGAUGUAUUGGCAACCUUGCUCAACAACUUGAAAGUACAGGAGAGACAGAACAGAGUGUGUACAACAGUGGCUAUUGCUAUAGUUGCGGAAACUUGCUCUCCCUUUACGGUGUUGCCAGCGCUGAUGAAUGAAUACCGUGUACCAGAAUUGAAUGUACAAAAUGGAGUUUUGAAAUCACUGUCUUUCUUAUUUGAGUACAUUGGAGAAAUGGGAAAAGACUACAUUUAUGCAGUGUGUCCCUUGCUAGAAGAUGCUCUGAUGGACAGGGAUCUGGUGCAUCGGCAGACUGCAUGUGCUGCAAUAAAGCAUAUGGCUCUGGGUGUAUAUGGAUUCGGCUGCGAAGAUGCUUUAGUACACCUGCUCAACCAUGUGUGGCCAAACAUCUUUGAGACUUCACCACAUUUAGUGCAAGCAUUCAUGGAUGCUGUGGAAGGCAUGCGGGUUGCUCUAGGUCCUGUCAAAAUCUUACAGUAUGCUCUACAGGGACUGUUCCAUCCUGCAAGAAAAGUUCGCGAUGUGUACUGGAAAAUAUACAACACUCUAUAUAUUGGAGGACAAGAUGCAUUAGUCGCUGGAUACCCAAGAAUACAAAAUGAUCCAAAUAAUCACUAUUUGAGAUAUGAACUAGAUUAUUUGCUCUAAAUAAAUAUAAAUGUCGUGCAAAUUCGUUUACUAGAAAUAUAAACAAUUUUCUUUCAUUGUAGAAACAAGAGCCUAUAAAAUAAUAUGUAUAAUGCAUCUUCAUAUUUGCAGUUUGACUAGAAUUUGAUUUUUACGAAAUAAGUACCUAUGGCUUUUGAUUAAGAUGUAACUUCAUGCAUUAAAUUAAAAUAAACCGUUUUUGGGUUAUUAAAAACGCAUUAUAAUAUGA